AAUAAAAACAAACUGUGCCAAUAGGAUGAUAAUUUUUUAUUUACAAAAUUACAAUAGAUAAAUUAAUAUUAAUAAAUUUAAAUAAUAAAAUGGAACUUAUAAGUGAGAGUGAUGAUGAUCAAAAGUUUGUUAUUUAUAAACAUGAAGAAAUGUUUAGCGAAAGUUUUCCCUGUAUGAAGGAGAUUAGGAGAAUGGGAAAACUUUGUGAUGUCACUUUAAAGGUGGAUGACCAAUCUUUCUCAGCUCAUCGUAUUGUUUUAGCAGGCACUAUACCUUAUUUUUAUGCGAUGUUCACUACGAAUAUGACUGAAAGUCGAAUUAAAGAAAUAACGAUGAAAGAUAUUGAAUCGAGUGCACUGGAGAAUCUAAUUAAUUACGCUUAUAGUGGUCAAGUACGUAUCGAUAUACAAAAUGUACAAAGCUUAAUGGUCGGAGCAUCAUUCUUGCAACUGACCAAGGUACGCAAUGCUUGUGCGGAUUUUUUAAUAUCAAGUUUCCAUCCGCAAAAUGUAAUUGGUAUCAGACAAUUUGCUGAUUCUUUGGGCUGUACAUAUUUAAUGGAAGCAGCUGAUCAUUACAUAGAGCAAAGAUUUGCUUUAGUAUCACAAUCCGAAGAGUUUUUAUCAUUACAAUUUGAUGAGUUAGUAGAUAUUGUAAGACGUGACGAACUUAUAGUAAACACAGAAGAAGUUGUUUUUGAAGCCUGUAUGCGUUGGGUAAAAUAUAGUGAAGAAAAACGUGCUGAAGUUUUUCCACAAGUCUUAGCUAAGGUACGUUUACCUCUUUUAUCACCACAAUUUUUAGCAGAUCGAGUAGCGCGAGAAGAUCUGAUACGAACUUCACAUCAAUGCCGAGAUUUAUUAGAUGAAGCUAAAGAUUUUCAUUUGAUGCCAGAAAGACGUGGAUUACUGCAAAGUUUUAGGACACGACAACGAAGUAGUGAAUUUGCAAUUGGGCAAAUUUAUGCCGUUGGUGGGUUGGCUUGUAAUGGAGACUCAGUAAGUACUGUUGAAAUAUAUGAUCCGGUUUCAAAAAAAUGGCAAGUUGGAAAGGAAAUGUCAAUGAUGAGAUCUCGAGUUGGUGUAGCUGUUAUGAAUAGAAAGCUUUAUGCUUUUGGUGGUUUUAAUGGCACCGAACGUUUAUCAACUGUUGAAGUAUACGAUCCAGUAAAAAAUAAAUGGGCAGAAGGACGUGCCAUGUUAUGCAAAAGAAGUGCCGUUGGUGUUGCUGCUUUAGAUGAUUAUAUAUAUGUUUGCGGCGGUUACGAUGGAAUUACAUCUCUUAAUACAGUAGAAUGUUAUUGCCCAAAGUCUGAAACCUGGAAAACGGUUGCUCCCAUGAUGAAAUACCGCUCAGCAGGCGGGGUAGCAGCAUUAGGAGGUUAUGUAUACGCUUUAGGUGGUCACGAUGGCUUGUCAAUCUUUGAUUCAGUUGAGCGUUAUGAUCCUGUUAAAGAUGUUUGGAUUAAAAUGAGAUCGAUGCUGAAUAGACGUUGUCGCUUAGGAGUAGCGGCACUCAAUGGUAAACUUUACGCUUGCGGUGGUUAUGAUGGUAAUUCUUUUCUGCGGUCAGUAGAAGUAUAUGAUCCUAUAUUUGACAAAUGGAACUUAGUAACGCCAAUGAAUUGUAAACGUAGCCGCGUCGCUUUAGCUGCGAAUAUGGGCAAACUAUGGGCUAUUGGUGGUUAUGAUGGUGAAACAAAUCUUUCAACUGUUGAAGUAUAUGAUCCUGAUGCUGAUGAAUGGUCUUUUGUACCGUCAAUGUGUGCACAUAGUGGAGGUGUGGGUGCUGGUGUUAUACGUAAUCAACCUUCGAGAGCCCAAUAGAUGAUAAAAUCUUCUUGUUUUAAAAUUAUUUAAAUUAUGGAUCAUGAUUAAUUUAUCUUACUUGUGCAAACGAUGUUAUGUUAAUAUGUUACUUUUUUCAUAUAAAGCUAUUAUUAAAAAAAUUUAAAUAGUUCUUUAAACGC